AUUGAAAAGGGCUGAACGGGCACGCACGUCUGCGCCAGACUAAGUUGGGCGGAAGAUCCGGACACAGUUUCCAGCGAGUUUGAAAAUUUUUGAGAUAGUUCUGGAUUAGGGCAAACGUCAUCUCCCCGAAGAUGGAUAAUAUUUGGAAGAAAGCCAUCUUUAUCCUUCUAGUGAGCUGGAUUUCAUUUGAAGACUGUCAUGGACAGGAAGUUACAGUUCCAGAGAGCGCGACAUUUUGGGUGGAUGACGGGUCUGCCUCCCUCUCUUGUCAGGUGACGGGAAGCCCACCACAAGUCACGUGGAGUAUCGGAACGGAUCCCCUAGCGAGUUGGACCGAAAAUGGUGAAGUCACAUUGCCUAAACCUGGCGGGAAAUACAAUAUGACUGUUGACGGGCAGGAAUUUGAUUUGUUAAUUAAUAACAUAUCUAUCUCAGAUGCUCUAAAUUACACGUGUGCCGCUUUCGGCGGAGGUACCGCAAAGUUUGAAUCAUCGGAAGUAAAAGUUUACCGAGAGGCUAGCGAGCCAGUAAUUAAAGAGUGUCCGACGAACAACGAAGUCGAUGAUGACUGCCGUAUUGACGUCUUCAACGAAACAUUUAUGGCGAACCUGACAUGCACCGUCCAGCAUUUCUUCCCAAAUGUGACGAUCACGUGGUCUUCGACUCAUGGCGUCAUCGAUCCAAUCAACAUCGACUGGCAGCUUAGUGAUGAAGGGUGUUACUGUGCGUACGUUACGAUCGAGGCUCGUCCGCAAGACGACGCGUACGUCUGCACUGUGACCGGGGAAGCCCUUCGCGAUGAGCGCACGAAAUCGCUACGAGCUUUGGUGCGGGUCUACGAGGAUGGGGUGAAUCCCACCAAGAGAGACCCGGAUGGUGAUGAUGGUGGCGACGGUGGUUCAAGUAAUCUCGGUAUGAUCGUGGGCAUCGUCAUCGGGUGCGUAUUCCUUGUCAUCAUCGUAAUCUUCAUCAUCUACGCCGUCAGAGUAAAGAAGCGUGAAGCUUCGAAGGGAGGUAAAAAAUACAAAUACACGAAGCAAGCUAAACAAGCUGCGACCACGGAAGAAGAUGACGAACGAAGAGCGGGCGAAUCAAGGACAACAACUGGAAAAGAUGAUAACUUUGGUGUAGUGGACGAAGUUGACGAGAGAGGCGAGAAAAGGACAGAAGAUGAAAAGAACGAUUGGAGCCCCGAAACGAAAGACAGCGAUGGUGGUGGUGGUGGCGGCGGUGAAAGUGGCAGCGUUGGUGGUGGAGGUGGAGGAGGUGGAUCGAGUCAUGAUGAUGGGGGUGGCCAUGAUGAUUGAUGGCCGAAAUGAACAAGAAACCAUAAUUAUAUAAUCGCAGGCAUUCUUUUAUCAAACGUCGAUGCAUGUCUCUUAAAAUGUGAAAGAAGGAAAAUGGUAUAGUAAUGUAUCUAUAUAAACAAAACAAAGUUGUCCCCCCAAAUAGCAACAUCAGACUGACGGUUCAAAUGGUAUGAUGUGACGUUUUUCGUUCUGUCUUCAUUUCAUUUCAUUUAUUUCCGUUAAAAACAUAAGUAAAACAAAAACAUGCAAGAGAAAGGGUUAUAAAUAUUAAGUCUGUUUUUUCCAUUACGGUUUGAAGUCAAACCUGUAGCCAGGACGGGGGGGUCGAACGAAACCCCCAAAUUGUCAAAAUUAAGAAAAUAUAGGAUGAAAAGGAAAACAGGAAAAAAACAGUUCGAACCCUGUAAUCAAAAACAUUGGAUACAGGCCUUUGAUUUUUUUCUUCUAUUUUAAAGAUACAUGCCUCUUUGAUUGAUGAAACAAUGCCUGUCAAAUGUCACAGCUCUCGUAAGAAGCAUAUAUAAGUAGCUAUACUACCCAAAAUUUGCCAAGUUUGCUUAGUCAAAGCCCUUUCCUUUCACUUCGGAGCAUGUCAGUGAAUUAGUAGUAUAAAUCCACUCAGUAUUGUUAGCGAUAAAAAUGUUUAGUUUGACUAAUGCUCACGUGUAGAAGGCAAGCCACAAGAGGACCAAUCAUUGAUGUUAAUAUGUCACCCAAAUGACGCCCCGUGUGCUUGGUCACUAGGGCAAGUUUGCAAGUACAUGUAGGUUUGACUAGUUCUUAGGACAGAAAUGUUUUGAUGAAACUGAUGCAAUUCAAUUGAUUAUAAGAUACUGUACGAAAUUUAACCCAGAGCAGCUGAUUUGGUGCUUUUGUAAUUUUUUAUACGAUAAGAUUUUGCUCAUAGAAUAUGCUUGUGCGACACUUGAGAUUUUAGAGGGUGUAACAUCUUGGUGAUAUUUUGGUACGGAAAAUUUGAUGAUCCGGGGCGUAAUUAUCUUUUUAAAAACCCAUUAUCCAACGAAGUGAGUUGGCUGCAGCUUCUUUAUAAGAAACAAAUCCUUCAUGUUUGGGCCUGCGGAACGGAGGGGGGGGGGGGGGGGUGGUAAUCGUGUGUUAUUUUUUCAUGGUCACCUCUUUUUUCCAAACCAUCCCGCUAUCCUUGCAAUGAUAUAUCAUAAUUUUUCUAUCAAUUUUAAUUAUGAUUAUGAUUAGUGUAUUUAUCAGAUAUAAUAGUUAGCCUCGGAAUACGUUGUUUCUAUGUAGAUGGCGCUAUAUGUAUAUGUCUUUUAUCUUUUUUUUAUUAUUUAGUUUUAAAGAAAUAUUUUGGAGUAGCUAGAUUCAGAAGAGCUGGAAUGUAAAUACCAUUUUUUAGGGGUGUAUUCAGCUCUGUUGGACAUCAUCCAUCUACAAUUGACAAAAUUUUCAGAUUUAUUGUUAUUGUAAACAAUAAUAAAAAAAAGAAUUGUUAAAUGUUAUAGCCCUGACUGUGUCUUCUUCAG